CUCAUCAACAACAACAACAACAAAUUCAAAGAACUCAUCGUUAAGAUAUGGAGCACGUUUCGAGAAAGUUGGGUUUUUUCGUCGUCGUCCUCGUAGUUUUUGUUGCCGGUGUCACGAGCAUUGGAGCAGAAGAAGGCACCGGCGUUAACAACGCCGUCGCCGUCGAGGCGCGGAAGCCGCCGGCUACGUGCAAGGUUCCAUGCCAAGCACCGAGGUGCCGUUGUCUUUUCGGGAUUUGUGUUUGCACCCGUGGCCCGCCUCCGGCACCUUCCCAAUCACCCGGCGGCGCCGAUCAGCACCUCAUCUGAGCUAUUGGAAACCAAGCGAUGGUGAACUUCGGAUGGCCAUAAACAGAAAAUUUGAACAAUUACUUGAUCAGUAUCUUGCUAAUGUUCGAGAUAUGAAUCAAAAGCAAAGAAUUAACGAAAAAACGCGUAGAACUUCGAAGAGUUUUAAAAUUAUCUUAUAACAUCAAACGCGCGAACCUGAAUAACCAAAAUUCAUAAAAUUAUCUGAUAACAUUCAAAUUCCACCCAAUUCCAAAUAACUACAAAUUAAUAUAAUUUUUCUUAAGAGACAACACAAUACUUAUCCAAUCUUUUUUUUUUCUUUUUAAUAUACUAUUGGGUCGAAU